UAAUGACUGCAAAAAUCUCUCUGUAGCUGCACCGCGAUGUUUGGAAAUAUGUGCAUCGAAAUACGACGCACACAUAAUCAACCAAGCAACCCCCGACGAUCGGUAUUUGGAGGGUGCAGGCCGCCUAUUACGUCUGCGCGAAUUUCCACCCUUUUGCCGUCAUCGCCGAUUCCUCCGCGUCCCCUCACACUUCUUCGCAUCCAUCCCGUUCUCUCCUCUUCUUCCUAACUGAUCGCAUCUCUCCCGGUUUCUCCUUCACCUUUGACUAACGACAAUAACAGCGUCUGCGUACAUCGCCGCCAAUCUCCCUCGAUCGAGCUUUUUCCGCGAUUUUUUUCGCCCUGAGUCUAUCCCCUCUUUCUUUCCGCUCCCUCCGACGACCCGAGACGGUGGGGACGAUGGCGGGUGUCCAGAGGGUGCAACCGUCGACAUCGGAGGCCGGCCUCGUCAGUUUAGUUACCGCACCACAUAAAGGCAUUGCGUUGUAGACACCGUUAUACCCGCAACAUUCUUACUAUUUGCUUGCAUAUCUCCUAAUUUUUCUGACCCUUCAAUUCGGCAUAAAAAAAAAGAAAAAAAAAACAUUUGGUUCGGUAUAUCGUUCGUCGUCGUAAUCAAAAGCACAGUCAUCACCGUUGCAGUCAUCGUCGCCGUCGCCAUCGUCGUCGGAGUCGUCGCCGUCGUCGUCGUCGUCGUUAUUGUUGUUCUCUAAAAAUUCAGUUAUUUCCUACCGCUUCGUCCCGUUCACGUGUUUCGAUCGAGCGACAUCAUUAUCACCGGUUGAACGACGUCCGAAAAAUCGCGCCAAGAACAAAACACAGGGAAAAAUCUCGUGAACGUCGUGCGGGAAGAUAAGUUUACCGGACGAAAUCGGCUUAUCGAAGAUAAAGCAGAGGAGUGAUCUUCCGUGUUCUUCCAAUCUUCUAAUUUCAUUCGAUCCUCAACCUUGUACUCUCCGUCAUCUCGUAUUCCCGACUCGUCCUGCCGCAAGGAGCACUUUCUUAGUGUCCCAAUCGUUUAUCCAUCUCGAUCGACGAUCCCUCUGAUCGACGCGUCGCGAUAUCUCGAAGACGAUUCGAUCGUGAACGGAGAAUGGGAGUUGAUUGCGUUAGGGAGAGAGCGGUAUCGUGAGCAACAAGAUCGUCAGCUGGAAGAUACUUUAAUCGGCAGAGGAGACAUCGGCAAAGAGGGAAAAGAGAAAGAGGGACAAAAGGGAGAACGUUUCGCUGGUCGGGGUGGGAGUGAAAGAGAGACACUAGGUGUGUUUGUCGCGCGCGAGAUUUGUUUAUUUUCCGUCGCGAGUUAUAUGUCAAGUGCUCGCAAUUAUAUCCGAUUUAUGGAUUCGCGCGUUUUCGCGACAUUCAAUGUCGGAGCUCUCGCUUGACGAUCAGAAACUGGCUUCCAGAUCGAUCGUCGCGAUCGUCGCUUCGAGUCUCGCGUCGUAAUAGAAAAAUUUGUUGACAGAAUAAGAGAAAAUUGUACAAAGAUAUUACGAAAAACACGCACACGCGUUUAAAAUCGUGAUCGAGAUAAAUAUCGAGAGAGGGACGCGCAUAAAUAGGGACAAAAUAAAAGUAAUUAAAUAAAACCCACCGUCGUUCCGUUCUGCGCCCAGAUAUCGGCAUCCUCCAACCACUGAUUUUCAUCGUUAACCGUAGCGUGAUAACAGUGCACAUUGACGGUGGUGAGAACGAUAAAACGAGGAGAGGAGCCGGAGGCUCGCGCAAGGGCCGACUGCUCGCACGGUGCUCGGUUUCGUGUGCGACAAGGAGAGGAGAAACCAGUGACAGGCACGCCAGAGAGAAAGAGAGAGAGAAUAGGAGACCCUAACAGAUUUCGUACAUAGUUAGAGACGAUUCGUUAGAGGAUUGCAAUGAUGGCGAACGGAAUGGAUACAGUCGUACAACAAAACGGAGGAUCUACCCUCGGACAGACCUCGCAGGAGGAGUCGAAGACGAAUCUCAUAGUAAAUUAUUUGCCGCAGAGCAUGACUCAGGAUGAGAUUCGUUCUCUGUUCUCCAGUAUAGGCGAGGUCGAGAGCUGCAAGCUAAUCCGUGAUAAGCUUAGCGGUCAGAGUUUGGGUUACGGUUUCGUCAACUAUCACCGGCCUGAAGAUGCCGAAAAGGCUAUAAACACGCUCAAUGGUCUUCGUUUACAGAAUAAAACCAUCAAGGUAUCGUACGCGAGACCGAGCAGCGAGGCGAUCAAAGGUGCGAAUCUGUACGUUAGCGGCUUGCCGAAGAAUAUGGCGCAGCAGGAUCUGGAGAAUCUCUUCAGCCCUUACGGCAGAAUUAUCACGUCGCGAAUACUAUGCGACAACAUCACCGUACGACAGUUUGUGACCGGCGGCGGAGACAAUUUGCCCGGCCUGUCGAAGGGCGUCGGCUUCAUAAGGUUCGACCAGCGCGUCGAGGCCGAGCGGGCGAUCCAGGAGCUGAACGGCACCAUACCGAAGGGCUCGUCCGAGCCGAUCACCGUCAAGUUCGCCAACAAUCCCAGCAACAACAACAAGGCGAUACCGCCGUUGGCCGCUUAUCUCGCACCACAGGCCACGCGGCGCUUCGGCGGGCCGAUCCACCAUCCGACCGGCCGCUUCAGGUACAUUCCACUGUCGCCACUAUCCAGCACUGGCAAGGCCAUGCUUGCCAUUAACAAAGGCUUACAGAGUAGGUACAGUCCGCUGGCGGGCGACCUCCUCGCAAACUCUAUGCUGCCCGGUAACACGAUGAACGGCGCCGGUUGGUGCAUCUUCGUGUACAACCUCGCGCCCGAGACCGAGGAGAACGUGCUCUGGCAGCUGUUUGGGCCGUUCGGCGCCGUCCAAUCGGUCAAGGUCAUACGCGACCUGCAGACGAACAAGUGCAAGGGCUUCGGCUUCGUGACGAUGACCAAUUACGAGGAGGCGGUGGUGGCCAUACAGAGCCUGAACGGCUACACUCUGGGUAACCGGGUGCUCCAGGUCAGCUUCAAGACGAACAAGAGCAAGGCGGCGUAGGACGAGCAACAGGCGGCAGCGGCGGCGGUGGCUGCGGCUGCGGCCGCGGCAGCGGACGCGGCGGCGGUAGCGGCGCCGUACCAUCAUCGUCGCCAUCGGCUGCUACGUACCGCGGCGGUGGUACAGCUGCCGAUGCCGAUGCCGGCGGGUCAUCUUUACAACAAGCGGGGACCUGGCCAGAUACCGGGCGUUAUCGGUGGCAACAACAACAUCAACAUCAACAGUCACAUCGGGGGCGGCGGCGGCAUCUUUCAUGGUGGAAGCAAGGGCCAACGGCAGCCGUUCCUUCAACGUCUACCGUCGCGCAUA